AUGAGCUCACAGCCAUCUUAUCUGAUCAUUGGGGCUGGAGUAUUUGGUGUUUCCACUGCCUAUCAUUUGAUCAAGAAAUACCCCGAAGCUUCCGUACAUCUAGUGGACCGAACACCGUACCCCUGCCAACUCGCCGCAUCUUGGGACUGGAACAAAGUCGUCCGUGCUGACUAUGGGGAUCUCUUCUACAUGGAGAAAGCAUUGGAGGCUAUACAGUUAUGGCGAGAAGACCCACUCUUUAAACCGUUCUAUUACCAGAGCGGCAUAAUCAAAAUCAACAAUUCCGAUCUGGGCAGAAACACAUUGGAAAACUACAAGAAGCUUGGUGUGAAGGUCAAUGCAAAGAUCGUCAGCCCAGAUCGCUUCAAGGAGGAGUACGGUUCUUUUUUCGAGCAUACCGACUUCUCGGAGGCCAAGGAUGUGUUUGUGAAUGAAGACAGCGGAUGGGCUGAAGCUGCCAAGGCACUUACCGCUUAUACUGAUGCAGCAAUAAAUUCUGGUGUCAAAUACACUGCAAAGGAGAUCGAUGUCUUGACGUUCGGUACUGACGGCGGAUGCACUGGAGUUCUAACCAAGGAUGGUACCAACAUUACAGCAGACCGCGUCGUCCUAGCCACUGGUGCAGGAACAGCAAAACUGCUCGCCGACAGUGCGCCUAGCAGAAAGGAGUUGCAAGUUAACGGCCGCCUCGUUGCUGGAGCCGUGAUCACUGGUAUCGUCAACCUCGAUCCAAAAAACGGCCAACAGUAUACCAAAAUACCAGUGACUGUACAUGGUGUCCCACCCACACGUGGAGAGGUAAUGCCAUUGACAGCACCUUUAUCCGAGAGAGAGCCAUAUACAGUCAAAUUUUGCAGAGACGAAGCCUACAAAAACACAAUCAAACACGAAGCAUCGGGCCAAGAGUUCUCUUCUCCACCGAGUGAGCCUAACCAGGCACAAAGGCGACCAAACGAAGGUCUAAAGAAACGUCUCGAUCUCGUUAAAGACGGUAUACUGGGCGAGCCAGGGAAGGAAGUCAAGUUUGACGAACAUCGUGUCUGUUGGGAUGCUGUAACCCCUACCCAAGACUUCAUCAUCACUCCACAACCACACUGUCAGGGUCUCUAUCUAGCAACUGGAGGUUCAUUCCAUGGUUGGAAAUUUAUGCCUACAAUCGGCCGCUAUGUUGUCGCGAUGCUGGACGGUACGCUGGACCCUUCUCUCGCAAAGCGGUGGGCGUGGGAUCGCGAAAACAAUGGAGGAGGUGCACAUUCACACUUGCUACCAAACAUUGAGAUGCGUGAUUUGCACCAACUUCCCUACCUUAUCGAUACUCCACUCACAAUGACUCCACGGACGCGUUCGAGCAACAGAGAUGCCGACUACAAAGUCUACUACUCGAAGAAAGUGCCGCAGCAGGUUCAAUUUCCACACAAGCGCAAAAUAGUGCGCCGGCCGUCGUCGCCAGUUCGAGAUGACGCAAAGCGGCAAAUGAUCUUUUUGCCAGAGAAGAUGAAAGCAAGGAAUAUUCCUGUAGUCGCAGACUCAGAUGAGGACAGUGAUGAAGGUUUGGAAGAAGACCUAGAGGAUGGAGGAGUUCCAAUCGAGCCGCAGGUGAAAGAGGAAGAAGAGCAGCCCUCGGCAAGAAAGACGAAGGGGAGGAGCAAGAAAAGGAGUAGCGAUGUAUUGCCGCAAGGUAGUGAUGGAGACAAAGGGCCGGUUGGACCUACGUCAAAGCGCAGACGAACAGUUGUCUCGCCCAAGAAUCAUCGUCGCUCGAAACGCGUGGCAAUCGAUGCUGAUGAUGCGAACGAUGCGACAGCGAUCAAAACCAAUCGAGAACGUACUUUGCGUCGGCAAUCUACAAUGACACAGCUGGUAGAUGGGAGGAAGCCACUGCCAGACUCUGAGGGACCUGAAUUCAAGCCUGUCAAACAGAGCUCGCGCUUGAGCUGGGGACGUGGAAAAAGCGAAAACGACAGGAAGCAGCGCACGUUGACGCAGAUGAUACCGCGCAUGCGAGCACAAGAACUCAUGUCGGAUGAGGACUUGGAUGAGGCAUCGAGCGAUGAUGAGGCUGAACAGCGGGAUAGUCAGACCUACGGGGAUGCGGUAGCGCAGCGACUUGCACAACAAGGACUUCAUCGUAUCGAAGGCAAUAGCGUCAAAGGACAGGAGGCUGCAGAUAAUAUUGUAGGGGAUAUACAACAGGAUUCGGAAGAUCAAUAUAUCAAGAAAGAGCCUACAGCAGACUCGCAAGACACUCCUGACGUGGUGGUACAGUCAGUGGAAGAUGAGAUGGGUGAAGACUGCGAAGACAGCUACAAACCGACCCAGUUUAUCGAGGCUCCUGUCACACGAACAACUCGAGCAACUAGACAUGGAAAUUCACCGCGAGCCACGGCGACCGGAGACGCUUCGUACGGCCCGCAGAAGCAGCACAAGACUCGCAAGGCCCGUUUCAGCCUUCUAUCAACUCCAGAAAAGCGACGUGUUCGCGUGAUUCCUUCUUCCCAAUCGCCAGCUGAUUCACCCCUGUCGACUCAAGUUUCCCCACAGAAACUACAUCGAUCACCCCUCAAGGCAUGCUCGAGCAACCCGAUAUUAGCACCGGACACGCCCUCGAAACGCAAGCAGGUGACAUUCAAAAUGCCGUCAAAGACGCCGAUACCUCCGCCGACACUGAGGAAGUUUGAAAGCACGAUCCAAGACUCUGAAGACGAGGACGAGGGCUUGAUUGAGGAAGAUUUACCUACGAACAAACAUCGCAAGGAUGAGGGUGCGCGAUCGUUCUCUAGCCGGCCCGAGACUGCGUCUGGCAAGCUUAUUGGCGCGGAUACUCAAGCAAUGCUUAAUCAGAUCGAUCAGGCAUGUGCUGAUGCAGAUGAGGAGGAUGUCAUGGGCGAAUCUAGGUCAUCACAGGAAUUGGAUGAUCUGCCCGCGCUAAGAGGUCACAACCAACCUUCUCCUGAGCUCGGUGAGCCAAACAAAUCCUCAACUGGAAGAAGCUCGUCGCACUCCAUGGAGCCAGUUACUGUCAAGCAAGAACUUGAGUAUGACGACGAUGUCGAUGAAGAUGAAGAUGCGACAAUACUACCCACAACCCAGUCAAACCUACCAAAUGACGAAAGCCGAAUCGCAAGCGACAUUACCACGAGUACUGAAGGAGGACUACCUCAGGAAACAGAGCAGCUCCGAUCGACGCCUCCAGUCCUCGAAGGAUACCCCCAAUACACGUGUCCAUCUACACCCAUGGUCAUCAACGAUGAUUCAUCGUGGGAGGAACCCUAUACAUCACCCAAUCCAACGCCACCGCAAUCAAGCAGGCGACAACUACCACCACCUCCCUCAACUUCAAUCCAGCCGUCAGCCGAUCUCGACGACCCAGCCAUCCAAGUCCCUCGUUCUCCCGAACAUGAAACGCAAGAGUCGCAUUCCAGCAAAGCAGAGCAACAGCUCCAAAACGAAUGGUUCUCCUACUCGCAAUACGUGCACGCACGCCCGCCUGAAUCGUCCAGUGUGCGCGCAGCACCCGAUGCAUUGAGUUACAACGCGACGCCUCGGCUUCCCCAUCAAACUCAGACCACAGCGCCCCCUUCCCGUCAACAUCAACCAUCGGCAUACCACCCCAGCCAAGCAACUACCGUCGACGAAAUCACACAACGCACUCAUACCACACCCCGUCAUAAGCGCACUCAGCAGUUUGGUAGCACGCAUACAACGCCCCAUCGCAUACCGAGCUCUCAACCUGCGCUUUUUUCGUCGCCGAAUAAGCCGCCCCCGCUAUUUAUACCGAGCAGUUUUCCUAGUCCGGAGAAGGCGUGGGGGAGUAGUAGCCCGUUGUUGGAUGGGGGUGUCGGGAUGACGCAGGCGACAGGUGUUGGGAGUGGAUGGGGGAAGAGUAGUCAGUGGGCUAGUUUAGAGGAUUUUAGCAUUCCAGCGAUGCCGCCGGGUGUUGAUGAGGAGCAGGAGGAAGAGGAGGAUGAAUAG